AUGGAUAAUCCGGCCCGCCAGCUUGUCCGUCUAUCGUUACCUAAAUCUUUAACCGUCGGUUACAAGCACAGAGUAAACCCAACUAGAAAUCCACCGCCUCAACGCCCUAGCCCACCCGCUAGCCCAACCAGAACCACCAACACAUUUCAGCCUCAUGAUCUCAUCCGCAUCCACGCUGGGCCGCUGGCAGGAUCCGAAUUUAGUGUUGCCUCUUAUGCCCACCUCGUCCUAGUGCUGGAUCGACGCUGCCAGUGCCAGCGCCAGUGCCAGGCCACAGCCACUACAGUGCCGCCCCGGCCCGCUGGGGGCCGGGGCCUGGCCCUAAAAACGGGCAAUGACUUAGUCUACCAAGAUCUCAAGGCUACGGUUAACUUUGGUGGUUUGGUCACACCCGGAAAAGCAAGAACGCGGCCCGAGCAUACAGGUACCUCACGUACAUACAUUAGCACGUACAUUUAUGUCGGCAUGUACUAUGUAAGCUUAAGUGCGGUACCACUAGAACCGUAG